AUGGUUCCUUUUCGACGCUUAUCGCAGAGGGGUCGUCGCAGCUUCGAAGACCGCGACUCCUACGAAUGGCAAGACGAACGAGAUCAACGCAUCAUGACGGCAACCUUCCCCAUACACCCGCUGGCCUCCAUGCAGGCGCCCUUCGAGGAGUCCAUGCUCGAUGCAACCGGCGAGACUGGCCAUGUCCCUUUCGUCAACCCCAAGAAGAGCGUCAAGACACGCCAACAGAUGCUGUGCAGAGAAGAGAGUGCGUCAGAGCCUUCAUGGAACUUUACAUACAACUGUCAUUGGAGGAAUAACCCGAAAGGCAAAUUUCAUCCCCUGACGAAGACCGUCGCGCAGAUCGUCUUCGGCGUCCAUCUGCUGCAUCAGCAUCUGGAAAAGUCGGUCGCGGAUGUAGCAGACAUCCUGCUGAAGCAUGUCAAUGAGCUUGAUAGCUUCUUGCAGAGGGCAAACGAAGAUCUCGAAAGCAGCAUGAAAGACAUGCUCUUUCGACAUAAAUGCUUAAAAGUGCCCAUGGAACACGUAAACGAAUUCGAUCGCCUCCUUGAAGACCGUUCAUACCGCGCCCAACUUCUCGACGGCAAUAUCGUAAUCGAGCGCACCAUCGGGCGCAUGUCGCAAUUGCUCAACGACUAUUUGAUCGAUAUAAACGUAUUUCGCGAAGCCAACCAAGAACUCGACUUGUACCUGGGCGACGUAGGCGACGCGUGGACAUACCGUAAUGAGGACAUUGGGCGCAUAUACUCAGCCAUGUGUGGUAAUACUGGGGGCUGGUCGCAGUUUUUGCAAAGCCUUGUGGCAAAGGCCGAAAGACUAGGUGUUGUGCUCGUACAAGUGAGCAGCUACUGCAACGAGAUUGAGAAGCGGUGUGGUGCUGCAAGCCGCCGAAGUUUGAUUGCAACGCGUUCAUCCUCACGAAACUCGUCCAACUCGCGCGAAGCACGUCCGUUCCGAAAUUUUGCCAACAACAAACCUCUUCCUACACCUCCGCCCGAGCGCCCGCCAUUCAUGAAUGCUUCGUCCUCUGGUAGGGAGACCCCUGCCAGUUUUGGCACUCCUCAGAGACAUUCGACCAUAAGAGCAAGACCUCAACAACAGCCCGAGACCACGAACGUGUCCGACUCCACAGAGACGCCAAAACGAAGCGAAGACUCUUCUUCUGCGUCAGCCAUCUCUAAUGUUGACAUGGAUGUGCGACGUCAGACAAAUCAGACAGGGUACUACCGUGAUGCCUGGCACAAUGGAGAGCAGCGCGGAGGAGCGACACUACAAGCAGAGUCUAGUCGCACAAGUCAGCUCUUGGGACAUCAGCACAAAGUGUCUUCGCCAUCUAAUCUAUCUGCAGAGGAGAGCUCACCAGCAACGAAACGUCUAUCAGCGAAACCACAGAACGGAGAUUAUAGCCCACCUUUGACCGGAAAAGAUUCGGCGUACUCUUCUGUGUCAGGCGCAUCGGCCAUGUUACCAGGCUUCGCAUCACCCCGCUCAGUUUCUUCCACGUCCUCUCGACAGACUGCCCAAUUCGGUCUCUUCCCUAGCAGAAAUCUAAGUACGCCGAAAGGUUCGAUAUCUAGCCGACUUGGUGCUAGUUCUCCGGCGUUCGAUCGUCCGGAACAGCACCCUAAACCCGUGGAUAUACCGAAUCGUCCACCGACCUCCUUGUCCACCUUCUCAGACGCCUCGACCAAGCGGCUAUCGAAGCGAAGUAGCUUCACAUCUCUCAAACGGUUAUUCACCAAGAAGAAAUCUGGCGAUAUAGGCCCCAUCGCUGAGUGA